AUGGCGCCAUGGAAGAGACAGAGCAAUCGCCGUAGUGGUGUGAAGAAGGAGAAUAAUAUUGAGGUUACACAACAAAGCCAGGUUACAAAUCCACCAAGGCAACAACAAAAGCUGCAAGGGAGACAAGUGCCUUCAAGAUAUAUGGAAGGGUUAUCUAAAUCUGUUGAAAAUGCUCAACAACAGGCCAAGAAAGAUUUGUCCAAGGGUGCACAUGAGCAAAAGGGAUCUGAACUCGGGGAGGUUGUGCACGAUGUGGAAGCUUUGGAAAAGGGUACUAUUGCCAAAGCUGGUAUGGAUGUUAUGACACCGAGAGGCUUGAAAAAUCCUGGAAAACUUAGCCUCGCUCAAUUCAACGCUGUAAGCUCUACUUUCCUGCUGCACUGCUUUGUCUCAGUGGUGUGUGAGCUCGAUAAAUGCCACAUUAAGAAGAGAAUCUUGUAUGAACUGGUGGGAAGUGUCACCCACCAUGGAAGUAAAUCCUCCACAGGACAUUACACAGCCGACAUCAAAUACCUCGAUGGCCCAUGGAUGCGCUGCGAUGAUGAGAAGGUCGCACCUGUUAGCUCGAGCGAUGUUUUCCACGAUCAGGCUUAUAUUCUUCUGUACGAGCGAAUAUGUUGUUGUGAUUGCGCUUUUCAGGGCCAAAUAUAG